GCCUUAUUAUGCGAAUCGCUAUACGAUUCUACAAAUCAUAUACUAACUAAUACAAUGGCGGUUACAACAUUCCCCUCCGAUUCCUCCGUGGAAUCGGUAAAGCUCGCCGUCCGGUCAACAGCGACUUGCUCGAAUGCUACACUGCUCUCUCUGCAGGGAUUGUUUCGGGGUGGAUCGAAAGCGACAGAGACAGAAAGCAAUGCUAUAUCGAGACGGGCAGGACGGAAUAUCAAGGAGUCAACAACUAGUGCAGCUCGCAGUAGAACGACAUCCCGUGCGACGUCGAAAACAACAACAACAACACUGAAUGUGGAGGCGCGGUUAUCAGCUCAUGAGCGUCUCGUGCUUGCUACUGAGGUGUUUAAUACUACGUUAAAGACGUUGUCAGAUGCAGUUAAACUAUCCUCCUCGAAACGCCAGAACGACCCUCGACCCUCGACACUCUUUCAACACACUUCGCCGAAUAACGCAGGUCGAUCGCCGAAGAAGUCGAGAUUAUCGAAAUACACACAACCAGACGCUACCGCAGUAGACCAGGGGCUGCUCUCAGUCGCAGAAUGUGCACGAUCAGCGCUGUCGUGUUUACGAUCGCUGAAAAGCGAACAGGGGCAGGAUGAGCAGGGGUUGAACAUACAGCUUGAACAGGGGGCUUGUGUGCUUGCGGGGAGGUACUUGUCGCUUGGUCUUAAUGAUUUGGCGUACAAGGAGCUGCGGGCGCUGAAGAGGAGGAUACAGGCUUAUCUGGAUAGUGCUGGUUCGAAGAAGGCCGCGGGGGUUUCGAGAAAAACGGCUGCACAGGAGGAAGAGAAAGAGCGGAUGUCGGAUCUGCUUAGCUUUACAAAUAUUGGGAAUGCGAAAACUGUGCUUGGGCUUGUGGUUACGUUCCAGUCAAAUGCGCUGCGGCUACUUGCCGCUGAGAAACGACCAGCUACGACGCAGAAAGUUUGUUCGGCAAUGCAGUUGUCUGACUCGAGUAGUCCGGGUAGGGUGAUUAUGGCUGCGGUGGAUUCUGGGAGUCUUACCAAGGACAAGGCUGCGCUUCAGUUGCAGUUACUAUCAAAUACCAUUCUCUCCGUGGCCUCCGCCCAGCAAACCGACGACUCGAAGGACCGCUUACGACCGAUCACAACGCUGACCCUCCAGCUGCUGUCUAUGGAGAUGCGAGGCAUGGGAUGGAAAUUGUCCGGCCACAUUUGCGACGAAGGAAAAGAGCUUUGGGACCCAUUAUCACGAUAUCUUGCAAGUUUCGCUCACCACAACAAAGGAAUCGAGAAAUCCGAGUUCGCCAUCCUAUACAAAACCAUCGUUCGACUCCAGUCCGCCAUCGCGAAGCCGGAACGGAAAUCGUCCACCGCGCAACUCCAUUCCGUGACACGAAUUGCAACGAUUCUGGGCCAACUUGCUCAGGAUGCAGGUUGUGUGGAGGAAGCUUUGAAACUGUUCACAGAGGCUGUUAAGCCCCUCUCUGAUGGACAGUGUCUUUCUUUGGCUACGGUGCGCUGCAAGAUCGCGUCGCUUAAUUUCCAGCAGAUGAAGUCUUCGAAGUCUCACGGUGAAAUCGCCAGUGCUGUAUCAGAAGCCUCAGCAGCGCUGGCCCUACAACUGAAGGGUAGCGCCGGCGACCUGGAUGAGCUUUUGGUGGAGGCAGCGAAGUUGAAGAAGAUCUCGAUGGCUUGGCUAGGGGACGCAGUCACCAAGGACAAGGGCAAGGGUGUAGCAGACGACAUUCCGAAUCGGAUACGCGAAUAUCUUUACGGCUUUCUACGCUUCCUGCGCCGCUACGUUGGACGCCAACCCUCCGAAGAAACUGAGCAGAAGGAGCAUGAGACUUUUGAAAAGCGAGUCACUGCAUGCAAGAACAUCAUCCUAGCAGCUAUCGAUUCGGCAGUUGCCAUGGGUAAGCUAUCGGUUAUGUCGCAGAACCCGCCAUGGGACGACAUGCUUUCGAUUCUCGUCGAUUGCCAACGCCUCCUCAUGACCAUCGGUGUCGCAUCUAAAAAUUCAGAUUCGGACAGUGGAAUGGGACUUGUGAAGUUGUCGAACCUCUUUUGGUCUCGAUACAUCAGGGAGAAGGAAUGCGGGAAGGACUACCGUUCGCUUGUGCCGCUUUUGAAACACUCGACAAGUUUGCUUUCUGGGUGCUCGGCUUCACAACGGAAUACCGGAUUUGCGGCCCUCAAGUAUGAGAGACUUGCGCACCUGUACAUGGAUGGGAAUAUGGGAGCAGAAUCCGACAAGGCAUUUUGCCAGUCUAUUACCGAACACAUCAACGCUGGAGCUCUGGAUCAAGUUGCUGUUGAUGCUGCCGGGAAUUAUCCUCAUCGUGCUUCUCAGGACCCGAAGAGUGGUGGUUUCAUGCUCGGUCGUGCUAUUUCCGGAUACAUGAGGAUGAAGCUGCGGAACAAGAGCUCAGAAUCGCAAGUCCUCGAUGAUCAGCAAUUAGGGCUGGAACAACGGGGACUUGUUCUUGAAUGGCAGAUGGGUCUUCUUACUGAGUUGCAUUUGCAUGCUUACAGUGAUGAAACUUUCCGUGGCAUGUUCAAUUCCGUUGUCUCCAAGCUUCUUGACAUAUACUCCUGCGAAACGUAUCCCAUUCGCCGUAUGCGUGCCAUGCUAUGCGCGAUGCGAUUUCUGCUUGAGCGUCCGAGUGCUCUGGAGCCAGAAGUACUGGAAAGUAUUGUCAACGAGUGUGCCGAUUUCAGCGAGGAUGGGUCCUUUGGAAACGACUAUAAGCUCGCUGCUUAUUCCACUCACAUUCGGAACGCCCUACAGCUCACCGUGCGACUUCACCAGGGGAAUCUGCAAGCUUUCGAACUCAACCAGAUUAUUUCGUCUUGGAGCUGCAUGGUGGCAAACUGCCCUGAUUGGAACUCGCUAGGGUCGUGUGUCGUCGAUGUCGACUACUGGAUUCUGCAACUCAAGGCAAUUGUCGAUUACACCGAGAUCCACGGGCUAUGGAAAGUGCAGCUCUCAGCAUUGGAGUUGGUCUUGCGUGUCACCGAGUUACAAGAAUUAGGCGACUUCUCCGAAGCGAUUAUCGUUCUUUCGCGACUGGUACUGCAGUACUGUCGACUUGGACACUGCAAGAAGGCUAGUGGUUUGCUUACCCGCGCGGACCAGUGCCUUCGAGACAACGAAGUUUCUUGCCUGGCAACGCUAUCGUACAAGUUGGCUCGAGGGGAGUAUCAUCUUGAGACUGGAGAGGUUGAGAAGGCUGCUGGUAUCCUCGCGACAGCCAGGUCACUGUAUGAGAAGAACCAGAAGCAGCAGGAUCUGAACAAUUGCUCUGUUCUGUCGAAGAUUGCGUGGGAACGAUUGGUCGCAGAUGCGGCAUUCAUUAACUCGCGACUUUCUUUUGCUCAGGGGUCUAUUACCCACGCAUUGUUCUUCGCUAAGCUCUCCGUGAGACUGAACUGUCGGAUCUGGGCCAAGGUUGAGAAGCUUGCUCAGCGGAAGCAGGGCAAGGCCUUGCAAGCAAGCAGCAGUACCGAGAUUGAUAGUGUUGUCGAAGGUGUCGCGAAGCUUGACGUCUCGCAAGCGAUUUCGACGGAGCCGUCUGUCAGCUACUUUCAGGGAGCGCCAUUCUGGCCUCACGUUGGCUCUCAUCAUACCUCUUUGUUGAAUCUCGCGAGUCUGUCCGCACACCACGGCCUUUUCCAAGAUGCGAUCUACUACGGAGAGCAGGCGCUCAAGGUCAACAAGACUCUCAAUGCCAAUGUCCGCCUGGUCGCUUCGCAAACGCAGCUUGGAUCUCACUGGAUCUACGGUGGACGUGUUUCGGAGGGACAGCAGCUCCUGGAGUCUGCCGCCACAUUGGCGAAGCAGCUGGAUAGCAGUAUCGAGCUUGUCUCACUGCAGAUGGGUCUAGCUUCUCUUCAUCGGGCAAUGGGCCAAUAUCGCGAGGAGCAUCGUGCGCUUCUUGAGGCCGAUAAGAUUAUGUCUGAGGUUAUCCUCUCUGAAACGGAAACUUCGCCGACAGCUGUUGCAGAUCUGGAGGAUAAGAUGGACAAGUUGCGCAUUCGGAGCACCACCGGUACACGGAAGACAAGACAGCCGGCUACUACUAAUACGCGGAGCACUCGUGCUGUGUCUUCGUCCUCCCGGGCUACUUCUAGGAAGACUUCGAAUCCCACGCCGGAGUCGUCUACCGUGGAAUCGAAGUCUCUCUUGCAACUACGAACGGACCUCCUUAGACAUCAAGCCGACUGCUCACGAGCACUGCGCGACUUCGACAAUGCGACGAACCUGCUGACCGACGCACGACAGUAUGCUCUUUCUCGGGAUAGCCAGAUCUCUCUGCAUAUCGGAGAAAGUGAGCACCUACUCGCCGAUGCUAUUCGCCAUUUCGCUACACACGCGGUUUACUGUGUACUCCCAGAGUCCACCAUCUCCCUACCAUCGCUCGAGUCACCAGAAAAGAACACCGUAGAACCUCCUGCACCUUCCGCGAAGCCACUUACCGUUCGCAAAACACGAGCACCUGCCCGCGGCACGCGCUCCAAGACCCCGAAGGCUAGUGAGGACUUUGCGGAUAUGCUGUCCAAGGCGGGCGAGUGUCUUAACAAUAUCUUCGGUACUGCUACGACACUUGGAUCUACGCUUGACAGCCAUGCGGCUUCGAGGUUGAUGAGUCGAAUUUCUAUGUUGUCGCAAACUACGGCACCUGGUUGUUCGACACCGUGGUCUCAGGCGCCGGCUAAUGUCAAUGAAAUCGGUCGUAUCGGCGCUUUUAACCGCGAGCGUGUGGCUAUUGAUCUCGACAAGCAUUUGGCAGAUGCCAACGAUCCGCUAGUUUGGCCGUCAACGUCUCUGCCGUCGCCUGUUGGUCUUGAGGAUGAUAUUUGCUCUAACUUCACGAAAGAGUACGUCGACAUUUUGCCCGAUAACUGGAACGUUUUGUCGCUGUCGCUGAGCACGGACUGCACGGAAUUCGUCGUUUCGCGUCUACGCAAGGGCCAAACACCAUUCCUCCUGCGUCUUCCGCUCAAGAGGGGAAACUCAGACGAGGAUGACGAGGAGCAGUUUACCUUCGAAGAUGGCCGGGAAGAGAUGCAGGAGUUGAUCAAACUGGCCAACGAGAGUGCGCAUGCCGCCAAGGCACAGGUGGAUAAGCAGAUGAAGAAACAGUGGUGGAAGAACCGCGAGGCGCUAGAUCGUCGGAUGGAGAAUCUGCUGCAGAAUGUUGAGAGUGUGUGGUUUGGUGGAUUCAGGGGUAUCUUCUCGCCUGUGGCGAGGGAGGGUGAUGCAUUGUCGCGGUUUGCGAGCUCGUUCAAUUAUAUCCUUGACAAGCAUCUUCCAUCACGGCAAAAGGGUGGUCGGUCGACAACGGGUCCGAAGUUGAUGCUGCACCAUAACGUGCUUGAACUGUUUACUGGGAUUAAGGAUUUGGAGCAGCAGGAGGAUCCGGAAGAGAUGCUGAUGGACCUUCUUUACUUUGUGGUCGAUAUUCUGCAGUUUCAGGGAGAGCGCAACGCCUACGAUGAGAUCGACUUUGAUAUGAUGGUCGUGGAGACGCUUGAUGCUCUCAGGGGCUAUCAUGACACUGUCCGAAACGAGUCGGUCAACCCGCAAACGAGCCACACCGUUCUGGUUCUCGACAAGGCUCUCCAUCUGUUUCCAUGGGAGUCGCUUCCCUGUCUGAAGGGAUCGCCAGUUUGCCGUGUGCCAUCGUUGGAGUGCCUGCGCGACCGCGUUGUUCGAUUUCGAAACAAACAGGGUGAAGGUUCUCGACUUACUAUUGACCGCAAGGACGGUACCUAUAUUCUCAAUCCUACAGGUGACCUGCAAACAACGCAAGCAACCUUCGAAACCGACCUUAGUCGCAUGGACCGCUGGAACGGAAUCGUCAACCGCCAACCAUCCGAAGACGAAUUCCGCGAAGCUCUCGAAACCAAGAGUCUUUUCCUCUACUUCGGUCACGGCAGCGGCGCCCAAUACAUCCGCGGCCGAACAAUCAAACGCCUCGACCGCUGCGCAGUCGCUUUCCUAAUGGGCUGCAGCAGUGGCACCCUGACCGAAGCAGGCGAGUACGAACCAUAUGGCACACCCAUGAACUAUCUACAAGCCGGUAGUCCGGCACUCGUCGCGACGCUGUGGGAUGUCACGGACAAGGACAUUGAUCGGUUUGCGCAGGCUACGUUUGAGAAAUGGGGUCUUAUUGGUGGGCAGGAUGAGAGUGAUUCGAAGGGUAAGGGACGGGCUCGGUCGAGGUCGAGGUCCCCGAGGAAUGAAGCAGUGGCUUUGGAUGAAGCGGUUUGUCAGUCGAGGGAUGCGUGUGUGUUGAGGUAUCUGAAUGGGGCUGCGCCGGUGAUAUAUGGCGUUCCAUCUGUCUUUUUGGAGUAAUUUGUUUGCCUGUUUUGCUUACUUGUAUGGCGUUGUGGGAUCGGUACAUGCAUGGCGAGUGUAUUUUUGCAUAAUUGGAGAUGCUGUAUAAUAAUGUAGUUCUUUUCUUCCAAUGGUAGUUCUUUAACCUGUC